CAUGACACCACUUUCCCGUCUCUCACAUUUCAGCUGUAACAAAAGUGGCCUUUGCAUCUCCACGAAACAGUCAUGGAAAGCUGGCCUCACCUCCCGAGACUACUUGUCCACAUUGGCUGAGCUGUGCAGGGCAGUUUAAGAACAUUAUCCCCUUUUAAUCCACUUUGCCUUCUGCUACAUGCAGGUGGACAGACAGUCAGAUGGAGGAGGGUGCCGCAAUCACACACCCUAGAACAGAUUUGAUGGCGUUUUUGUUUUUAAGGAACAGAACAUUUUAUUUAGUUGAUCUGUGACGCUGGGUUUCAAAAAUUAUCCACGUAUUUACUUGAUCUUAUCAGCAAGUCCCUUUUUCAGAUAUGGAGGAGCCUGAUAUACGACAACAGAAGCUCGACAACCAGCGAAUCCUUCUGAUGAAAAAGCAGCAAAAGAAGAGGGCUGAUACUCAAAUGGUGGUAGCUAAUCGAGAUGCUCGGCAAAAGAACAAAAAGCAGAAAGCCGUCCGCUCAGAUGAAACACCUCUGCUCAUCAGCCAAUCCCUGAGCAACACCUCUCUGACUGAUCAAGUUGAACAUGCCCAUGAUAACCCACUGGAUGAGAUCACCCUGGGUGAAUGUGACCUGACAUCAACCACAGCAACGAAUGGGCCGCCUUCAGAAAAGCUCAUCGCCCCAAAGAAAAUGAACCUGGAGGUUGACAAUGAGCUAGAGGUGAAAAGUGAGGUGGAGAAUGAUGCUCAGACAGAGGGGAAAAAGACAAAGAAGAAAGAAGUGAAGAAAGACAAGGCCAAACAGACUGAAGAAAAUGAUGAAAAGGAAAAAGAGAUGGAUAAUAAUAAGGAGAAAAGGGAGAAAAAAACUAAGAAAAAAGACAAAGUGAAGGAGCCAGAUGAAAAACAACAGAAGACAAACAAGACAACAAAACAAGAGCGAAAAAAAAAGCACUUAAAGGAGUCUUCAAACCAGGAUAUGGAGGCUGAGGCAGAGGUGGAGGAAUCAAGUAGUCCAAAGGAGAAUAAACGGGAAGAAAGUGACAAUGACAACGAAGAAAAGCCCGUCCCUCAGUCACCUAGGAGGAAAAAACGUCUUGACACAACCCGGUGCCAAAUAAGUGAUGAGAGCAAAGACGAGGAAAUCGAGGGAAAGGAGAAGAAGGAAAAGAAAAUCAAAAAGUCAGAGAAAAUAACGCACAGUUUGGCAUCUUUGAACUCUAACUACAGAGAGACUUCAUCCUCAGGGAGUGAGUCUAAUGAAAGGUCAACAUCUCCGAUGUCUGUGGAGGAUCUGGAGAAGUUUGCUCUGCGUCCAGCUCCUAGAGAUGUGACCAUCCAGUGCCGGGUAACAAGGGACCGUAGGGGUGUGGAGAAGGGCAUUUACCCAACCUACUACCUGCACAUGGAGAAGGGGGACGGCAAGAGGGUUUUUCUGAUGGCUGGCAGAAAAAGAAAGAAGUGCAAAACAUCUAACUAUCUCAUCUCCACUGAUGCAACAAAUCUGUCCAGAGACACAAACUGCUACAUAGGAAAACUAAGGUCAAAUGUUCUAGGUACAAAGUUUACAGUCUAUGAUGGAGGUGAAAACCCAGAGAAGGAACCUUUCAUCAAGGAGUGUGAGUCAGUGCGGCAAGAACUGGCAGCAAUUUGCUAUGAGACAAAUGUUCUGGGCUUUAAGGGUCCGAGGAAAAUGACUGUGAUCAUCCCUGGCAUGCUGGAGAAUGACGAAAGAGUAUCCAUCUGUCCAAAAAAUGAACUUGAGACUCUACUGGUUCGCCAUGCCAACAACAACACAGAGAAACUGGUCACACUGGUGAACAAAGCCCCAAGCUGGAACGAACAGACCCAGUCAUACGUGCUUAACUUUCAUGGGCGUGUCACCCAGGCAUCUGUCAAGAACUUCCAGAUCAUCCACCCUGAUAACGAGGACUACAUAGUGAUGCAGUUUGGCCGUGUAGCAGAGGAUGUAUUCUCCAUGGAUUACAGUUUCCCUCUGUGUGCCCUGCAAGCCUUCGCCAUCACCCUGUCAUCGUUUGAUGGUAAACUGGCCUGUGAGUGAGCAGAGCCAAUACGCCUCAAGUGCUUCACUGGAUCCAUGAAAUAAACUUGAAGUUCAUCCGUACCCAUAAUUUCCACAAGAUCAUUUUAAAGAUUUUGUUACCUGGUGCAUUCAAUCUCUUUGUCUUCAGAGACUGUAGAUGUGUUAAUAGGGGCAGUGUUAUUUUAAAGUGGAGGAAGUCAUAACGGUUAUUUAAUGGCUAAAUUAACUUGAUGGUCUUUCUUUUCAUGUUUGCCAGAUGUGUAAAGGAAUUGUGCAAUUUGAAUGUUGAAGAUGGCUGUGUGUAAACACUAUCAGUUUAAUAUUAA